CAGAUUUCCAGUAACAGAUGCUUUAUUAUCCAUACCUAGCGACAGCUACUCAAGCGGCUUUACCCCAGCGACCAAUACGCACCUGACCUUUCGUUCCUUGCAACCUUUUCCCACCGAUGCAUGUCUAAUGCGUUUGAGCUGCUCCGAAAUAUAGCCUGAUAUAGUCGCUCUAGCUCAGAUCGCGGCCCUGAGGGGGCCCGAGAUGCUCGUCAUGCGCGCCAGCAGCGGUCUCGUCGCGGGCUCUUUCAGUGGCACAUGCGCGCGCAGCCACAGCGGGCAUGGCUAUUGCAAUUCGUCAUCAGCCCGUCUCCAGGCGCCGCAACCAGCGUGCGCGCUGAGAAGACUGUUCGGUCGUUCUGACUCCGACCCCAGCUCGCCGCGCGCUGCCGCCGCUACUUCUGUCCCAGCACACAACAGCAGCAGCUCCUCCCCACUGCGCGUCUCGACGGCGGCAGUGCUUGGCGGUAGCAGCAGCUCCCGCCUCGGGCGAUCAGUUGUGCAGGUGGCGGCGGGUAGGGGCAGCAGCGGCGGCAGGGCUGGCGGGGGCAGCGCCAGCGGCGGCGGCAGGGGCAGCGGGCGUGACCCCGCGGAUGACAUGAGCGUGUGUCAGAAUCUGGAGGACCUGCAAACCUUUAUUACACGGCGGCUGCCAGUGUGGGAGGGGAAAGGAGAUGUGAUCACCAUGUGCGCAGCUUUCAACAAGUGCGGCAAGCUGGAGUCGCGCGCUGGAGCAAACCAGACGGUUGUAGCACGCAGCAGCAUCAUUGCCGCGCUUGCGCCAGCCUACCUGCCGCUUGUGCCGCGCAUGCGCAUGGCUGUUGAUUGUAGCCUUCCGCUGUGGGCGCUGGGGAAAGCCGGGGUCAGCGGGGACACGGAGGCUCAGCUUGCAGCAGCGCUGCUGGAGCGGCUGGUGGUACCAGAGGUUAUGGGCACUGCGAAGCCCCAGGAGCUUUCAAAUGUCAUGUACGCACUCGGCAAGCUUAAGCAAGACCAGCAACAGCGGGGCUCGGGCUGGGACCCCACCUCAUCGCCGCACUUGCAGACCUUGGCAUCAGCUGUGGCCUCUCGUUUGGGAGCGGCGGUGGGCCAUGGCUUCAAGCCGCAGGAGCUUUCCAAUAUUCUGUGGGCGUGCGCAAAGCUGGGUUAUGCGGACCCAGGACUCCUGCUGCCGCUGGCAGAGGCAGCGGCGACGCUCAGUGUCAGCAUGAAGGUACAAGAGCUGGCCAACAGCCUGUGGGCGAUGGAGGCUCUGGGCUGCUCUGGACUUGAGUACCGAUCAGCCGUUGAGGCGCUGUGCGGGGAGGUGCUGCAGCGGCUCCGGAUACCGGAGCUCGCUGCAGCAUUUACCCCGCAACACCUGUCCAACAUCCUGCUGGCGCUGGAGGGGCUGCAGUUGGGCGGCAAGCAGGCAGAGCUGGUGGCGGCGGUGGCCGCAGAGGACGUGCGGCGGGGGUUUGACGGGUACGUGGCUCAGGACCUCAGCAACUCGGCGUGGGCCCUUGCCAAGAUGGGGUUUGGGGUGGGCCCGGAGGCGCCGGUGGAGCAACGUCAAUGGGUGUCGGCAGCGGUGGACGCAGCAAUGCGGCCGGGAGUUAUGGCCCGUGCGACGCCUCAGGCCUGGGCCAACCUGCUGUACGCGCUUUCGAUGAUACGCCACCAGCCGUCGCCGGCGCUGCUCGACGCAGGCGCCGCGGCUGCGAUGCACCGAGGCAAUGCACAAGACUGUGCAAACACGCUUUGGGCGCUGGCGGUGCUGCAGCUGCGGCACGCCGGCUUGGAGGCGGCGGUGGUCGGCCGGCUGGGCGAGCUGCUGCAGCGCGGCGGGGAGGCGCUAACCGAACAGGGCAUUUCGAACAGCCUGUGGGCCAUGGCGGCGUUCGGGAACACGUGCUCCCCUGGCAUGCAGCAGCUAGCAGUCCAGCUGGCGCGCAACGCAGCAGGCCGGCGGUGGAAGGGGUUUACCGACGAUGGCCUUCGACAGUUGUGGCAGGCGCAGCAGGAGCUAGGCGGCGAGGUGGCGGCGGCCCUGGGCAGCAGCCCCGGCCUGCAGGCGGCGAUGGAUAAGUCAGUGGAGACGUACAGGCAAGAUACCAAACGCCUGUCUGAAACCCAUAAGCAGCUCCUCGCAGCGCUGCGGCGGCUUGAGGGCCUUGCGACAGCAGGAGGCCUAGCCGUUCAGUCCGUGCAAACAGGCGUUGUCGCGCCAGGAGUGUUGACGCCAGUGGAUGUGUUGGUGGGGCUGAGUGACGGACGGCAGGUGGCGGUGGAAUGGGUAACAGUGGUACGUUUCCUCUCCAACCGAAAGCAAGAUCCCAGCGCGGUUAACGGCAGUACGGUUCUGCGUCAUCGGCAGCUGCGGCGGGCGUUUGGGGAGGGCGGCGUACUACUGGUGCCGUACUGGGAGUGGGACGGGCUGCAGACUGCCGAGGAGCAGGAGGCCUACCUGCUGCGCCGGCUGCAGCAGCCGGCGGUGGCGGUGGAAACAGUGACAGCGGGUGUUGUGGGCGGCGCUGCGGCUGUCAUUACGGCCGCGCCACACCAGCCCGCAACCACCACCACCACCACCACCAAGGGCGGCGGCGGCUCUGGAAGCAACCCACAACAGCAGCUGCUGGUGCGGCCGGCACGGCGGCCAGAGGGAGGCGGCGGCGGUUGAGGCGGGUCGGGACGAGGAGGACGGUAGUAAUAAUAAUAAUAUCUACGCAGGGCACAGGUGCCCGCGUGUCUUAAGGAGGAGUGAGACAAGCUCACCCCACCAUCGAGGAGGACGGUAGCUGAGGGCGGUGGCUCGGCAACCGGGGCCGGGCUGAGAGCCUGAACGGCGCUAGCAGGGCGUGGGGCUGAGGGUGCACGUGUCGAUUGGCGGCGAGUGACGUGACUAGUUUGUUAGCUGCGGGUUAGCACGGACUGUGCACCCCACCCAACCGGCCAUGUCCGGAUUUGCGGGGAUGCCAAAGGCCCCCAACAUAGAGGCGUGUGCUUAGUAGGCGCCCGCGUCAAGGUGGCCCCGGGAUCAGCCCUUUUCCUGCCAUAAGGCAGCCACCUCCUUGUUUGUUCAGGUUUUUGCCUUGGUUUGCCUGUGCGGAAUGCGUUGAUUUAUGAGCCAUUCAUUGGCUUGGAUGCCGCGUGUUUGGUCGCCUGGGCCCAUGGCGCUUGUGUGGUUGUGAGUCGGCACAAGAAUCCCGCACAGAUAUCACCAGCCGCCGGUAAUGAGCUGUUUCUAUGUACGAAGAUUGCAUUGGUUUCCAUUGUACGAAGGCAGUGUACGCAGGAGUACCUACCCAGGAUGGGGGGGGGGGGGCUUGCUGACGACCUGAUGUGUGCAACAUGCGUUACAACAUUUGAAGCUGGUGGUGCCGGGUGCGCGUGGUGCUUUGUGUGACGCGUCGUGGACGCGGCCAGUGGCGCCGAGUGACGUUCAGGGCGUUUGGAUAGGCGCGAACGAUUGUGCGUUGCCUGCGUGUGUCGCGAACCGUCAAGCCAGGGCUUGCAUCGCAUCUUCGGGGAGCGGCAAGAAACGGGCCCCGAUGCAGGCCCUUAGGCGAGAAAGAUUGGGUGUUUCC